AUGACCUCUCUGACCUGUACUACAGGACGUACUUGGCAAUUCACUGUACAAAAUUACGUUACGUACUACGGACUGUUGGCCACGCUGCUCAUGCAGCUGGAGCCUUUGCUACUACUACACGCUUCGGACGCCGACUGGAGGCCAAGGGAGCAAGCUCAUCGACUUGCUGUAGGCUAUCCUUAA